UGCCGACCUUUUCUCACCGCCCCACCAUAAACUUGCCUUAAUAUUCUUCUUUUGGGUCGUCUUCUUUUUGUUUAAUUUGCAUCACAAGAAAAAUCCCUUUCUUUGCUUGAUUUUAUUAAAUACGACUUUUUGCCUGCCAUCUUUUUCCUUCUUCCAAGCCAAACCUAGAUCCGUUCGUUAAGAUGGACAAACCCAGGGAGUUUAUUACCACGACCAAAUAAAGAAAUUCACUGGAUCAUCUAUGAUUUGGAACUGGAUCAAUCAAAAUACAACAGAAAACACAUACAUACAUAAUGCCAAAUUACGUUUAAAGGGCAUACAUAUUAUAUAUCGAGAUAUACUGAAGCAAGCAUGUGGAGGAGGUUGUGGUGGUGCGAGGCUUUCAAGCAGGGCGCGUCUGCGGCAGUUGGUAGGAGACCUCCGUCUUCGCCGCUGCUGUUGGAGGGAUUGACAUUGAGAACCAAUCCAGUAUUCUGCGGUAGAAAACUUUGGUUAUCUUCUACAUCUUCUGAUCCCAAUGCAACCUCUGAUUCCAAAAACGCAGGAUCAGGAGCAGAACUGGAGAGCAUAACAUUCGCGGAGGCCAAGAAGCUAAUGAGGCUGGUGAACGUGGAAUCGCUCAAGACGAAGCUAGGAAUGGAAGGCAAAGAGGUGAUAGGUUACUCGGAGUUACUGGAGGCCUGCGAGAGCAUGGGCGUUGCCAGAUCUCUGGACGAGGCCAUCGCUUUUGCACGCGUUCUGGAUGAGGCAGGCGUUGUACUUCUAUUUCGCGACAAGGUGUAUCUUCAUCCUGAUAAGGUGGUGGAUCUUGUUAGAAGAGCAGUACCUCUUGCAUUGACUCCUGAAGAUGACCCCAUUAGGGAUGAGCUAAAGAGGCUGCAGGAGAAGAAGGAAGAGAUUGAUGUGUUGGCACAUAAGCAAGUUCGCCGCAUCCUUUGGACUGGUCUAGGAUUAGCUGUGGUACAAGUUGGACUCUUCUUCCGCCUAACAUUUUGGGAAUUCUCGUGGGAUGUUAUGGAACCAAUUGCAUUUUUCACCACUACCACUGGCAUAGUCAUAGGCUAUGCUUACUUCCUGUUCACUUCAAGAGAUCCCACAUACCAAGAUUUGAUGAAGAGGCUUUUUCUCUCCAGGCAGAGAAAAUUGUUCAAGAAGCAUAAUUUUGAUGUUGGCAGAUUGAAGGAGUUACAUAAGAAGUGCAAAACACCUCUAGAUGCCUCUGCAUCUAUCCGAAAUCGUGUAGGGUUGGAACUAGAGCUAGAUGAUGCCUUGCAUAAGGAUUAGCUGUGCCUCCACCAGCUCUUUGUUUUUGCGUUUUUUUGCCCCUUUCCUUUCUCUCUUUCUUAUGUAGAUGAAUUAUCACGGUAACCAUCUGUUCCAAUUUUCUUCAGAGUUAAGGCAAAGGUUUCUAACCUCUUACUCAAAUCAAGCUUAAACUUAUCCCAGCUUA